ACUGUCACUCGACCCAGUUUGCACGUGAUAAGUGUCACGCUAAGGACAGAACCAGAAUUUUCAACAUGGCGGAGCAUUGAGAGUUGAACAAGAGAGUUGACAGGAACAUUGACAACAAUGAAUUUUACUUGUGUAAAGGAUGGUGAAAGUUCUGUUUUAUGCAAUGGAACUCGUUAUGAGCUUCCCGAAGAAGCACUUAACUACAGGGAUUCGAUGUUUUGGGUAUAUCUUGGUGUUUACAUCGCAUUGGUUCUUUUUGCAGGUUUGUAUGAAGGGACGAGCGAUUUUUUAUGUUUUAAAACCAAAAAUGCAUUAUUUUCCCGAAGAAGUACACCUUAGGAAUUAUAAUGCCACAUUUAAUAUGGAGUUUAAGUAUAAUAACCAAGAAAAUUCCCUAAAUGAUAAAUAUUGGCUAAGAAAGUUGAGAAGUUAUAAAUAUAUGUUAAAUAUUUCAGCGUACCUGUAGGAGAAUGCCAAAUCCUUUCAACGCAAGUUUAUAACUGUUUGGCCCGAUAACAAAACAACAAUCUCCAUUCAACGUUAAGGGAUUUUCAUGUUUAAUGCUGAUGACAUGUAUCAUGAAAAUAGUUGAAAGUUUUUCCUAGGAGCAAGUCAUGCACAGGGGAGGGACCGGGGGUUCCAUACCCCCCACCCCCCCAUCCAAUAUUUGUUUUUGAUGCUGUGCUAAAGAUUGUUGACAGCUGUGCAGGCCUAAAAGGGCCUUACCAGAUAGUAGAUCAAGCUGUUGCAAUAUUAUAGCUAAACCAGUCUAGAGCCAAUUAGUACCCACUUAUUUUUGAUGGACAGACAGGCAGGACUUCAAAUAAUUUCCCCGCUGGCACCGGUCAAGUUGUCCGGUCAAACCUAUUUUUGCUCGGACACAACCCACUUUUGGUGGGACAAGUGUCUUUCAUCUAGGAUUAUCCGACCGCACUUUACAAUAAAAUAUAUGCGGACUGUUAUAAUAAUGCUUUACAACACUACACACCCUACUCCUGAGUUUGUGGUGACAACUUUAUAGAGGAUGAAGCAAUAACUCGCGACUCCCAGAAAAUGAAAAACCACUGUUACCACCCCCCACGCAGGGCUUCUGAAAUUUCUCACAGUCGCAGAGCCAUAUUGUAAUUCAGGCAAAUCUGCGAAAAUUAUUCACAAAAAUACACACGGUAGAAAUCUUACCAAAUACACGUCAGUUCAACAUAUUUGAGACUUAUCACAGCUUAUGGGGCUGUUUUUUGCCAUAAACUUGCAAAUUUAUUUUGAAACUUCGUCACCGCAAAUGAGAAAACGUCCCAAAACUACCAGGUGUUCUUAGAUUGUUAUUGUGAAAAACUGGGCACUUGCCAGUGCACGAUAUAAAAAGCUUUGCCAUUGGCACAUUUCUGAGUUCAUUGUUGUUAACAGAGCAAAUGAUGAUCUCUGAUAAAAAAAAAACCUGUGCGAGAGAAUACCAAGCAAUACAAUACAAAGCAAGCGAGGGUUUUGAGCUCAAAAUCACCGCUUUUAAAAGGGCAACAUUUAUACGUAGUUGGUGUUUCUGUUGUUGUUGUUAUUGCACAGGCUCAUCAUUUCCCCCCUCCCCAAAACUGGGCAAAAUUGCUGUCUUGUUUUAUUAAAAAUGUUUGUGAAAUCAGCGCAAAACCUAUCGCUUUCUAGUGAAAUUUGCCGCAAAAUUGGCUUUUUUUAACGAUCGUUUUUUGGCAAAAUUCGACCUGAAUUUUUCCACGAAAUUCCCUUCAAAUCAGCCAUUUUUUUCUGCGAAUUUGUCUCUGAAAAUCCCAUGAAAUUGGACUUUUUUCCGCAACCUAUCAGAGGCCUUGUGUUAUGAACGGUUUACAUAAUAAAAGUUCUUGAUCUGGCUGCCUUUUUUUUUUCUCUCUCCCCACUUUUUUUCCUUCAUGAACAUCAAUAAUGUCCAAUUUUGACCAAUCGUAUUUAAAAAAAGUGUUCAAAGGUCUGAAUUACAUUAGAAGCGUAAAAGAGCGGACAAAAUGUCCAGCCAUUCAAGGAUUUGACCGGACAAAGCCUUUUUUUGACUGGACAUUGUCCGUUGACCGGCCGUUAUUUGAAGCCCUGGACAGGAAUUGGUAGUUGGUGUUAGAUGCUAUAACUUUCUGCACACCAGUACAUUUUGUGAAAAGUUAGCCUUUGCUCGCAGGGUAAUCAAGGGGUCACAAAGCAUAAGAAAUAAUACAUUUAAUAAGUGAAUUUCUUCACACUCAUAGGUUUAAUGUCAGGAUUGACCAUGGGCCUGUUAUCGCUGGACAUACUAAGUUUGAAAGUUCUUCAAAGAGGAGGGAAGCCUUUAGAGAAGAGACAUGCAACCAAAAUAUUGCCACUGGUAGAAAAACACCACUUACUCCUGGUGACUCUAUUGCUGGCAAAUGCUGCAGCUGUGGAAUCCAUGCCAAUCUUCAUGGACAGGAUCUCUAGUCCUGUGAUUGCCAUCUGUGUUUCUGUGACUGCUGUGCUGUUUUUUGGGGAGUAAGUGCAAGGAAGAUUUUGGACAGUCUGAACCUUAACUCAUUUGCUCCUAGGAAUUUUGCUGUUUUGAAGCUAGUUGAGCCGUUUUCUGGUCACUUUUUGGAUAUAAAGUCUUAAAACUUAGCACAAAGCUAACAGCAUAUUGUACAUGCCAACUCUCCUGGAUUAUUAGGAGUCUCCCGGAUAAGACACCAAUCUCCUGGUGUCCCGUACGGGUCACCAUAUCUUCCAGAUAAAAUCAUGUUUUGACUUUUACUGUGCCUUAGGUUGAGAUUUAGCCCAUUCUUAGCUAAAAAACUUGAAUUUUUCUUAUUCAUAGUACGAUUUCUGGGGCAUUUUUGCACCGAUUUCGUCAAUGACAAAGAUUAUUUCUGGCAUGAAAAUGAUGAUCGCAAAUUUUGAUAGUAUGUUCCUCAUGUAAGACCUCAUUUAAUGUCCUUAGUCAUAUUUGUCGGUGGUGGGGUCAUUAAAUUUCCUUGGAAUAGUGAAAAAGAGAGAGUUUCCAGAUUUUAGAACUCCAGAGGUUGGCAUAUCUGUAACAGUGUAAACUUCUUUGUGUAUAUUACUAUAUCAUAUGAAUUUUCUUGUGUAAUGUGGAAUUAAUUUGCACUCAUGUGUUUUUCAAUAAAGCUCAAAUUGCAUUCACUCUACAGGCUUAUGCAAUUUUGAUACUUUUCAAAAAAACACUUGCAAAUAAAUUUCAAACUGAAUGAGGUAAGCCAUAUGGAUUGAUUACCUUUACAAUGUACCUGUAUCAUUGUGGUCAAUGGAAGCAAAAGCUAGAUCUAUAUAAAAAUUUUAAUCAUUUAAUGAUGUCUUCAAAAUUGACUUAGUAAGUGACAUUGUUUGGUUUAUCACAGAGUUGUUCCUCAAGCUCUUUGCACCCGUUAUGGUCUGGCAAUAGGAGCAACACUGGCUCCGUAAGUAGUUUCAAUAACUAUGCUUGUAUUAAGUUGGUGUAAGCUCUGUAGUCUUAGUGGUACUAUAAUAUAUUUAUCUCACUUGACACACCCUGAAUGGUGCAGGCUGUAAAUAUGCAAAAGGUGGGACACAGUAUCAUUAAACCCUGUUAUAAUUUUAAAAAAACUGUAUAAUUAUAGUGAUAUUACUAACAAUGUUCCUCUUUGCCCUGGUCAUAUUAAAAUAUGUGGUAAUGUGCUAUGGUUUAUUUAACAUAUAUUCCAGACCCAUAACAACAUAUUUUCACAGUCCCUUUUUCACUUUGUUACAUAUUGUGGUUUCACUGCGGAGGGUCAAGCUGGAUCGACUCAGUUACUGUACCUGCCAACUUUAUUUGAGUCAUAAACUGGAGACUUUUCCUGAGAAUGCCAGGAUUUUGCUAGAGAACCCAAUCAUAUCCAAAGGAGCUCUUUAAUACUCAUCAACCAACAAUAAAUAUUGAUUUAAUAGUACCUCUCAGAAGGCUGAAAAAGGGCUCACCACCAGCUGAAAUUGCUGUGAAAAUAAGGACAUGGCCAGGAGUAAUUUUGAAGGUUCAGUUAAGUAAAGAAAGCCAGGUUGACUAAAUGAAAAAAGCCUGCUUAGCUUUUCCUUAGCUGCGACCUUGGGAAAUAAUAUUGUUAAAAUGGUCAAAAUUGUCAUUGUCUGCUAACAUUGAAGUAAAGUGACUUUAAUGUUUUAAUUAGUAAUUAUCAUUUUCAGGCUUGUAAAGGUAUUGAUGGUUUUAAUGUUUGUUGUUGCCUGGCCUAUUUCAAAACUGCUUGACUGUCUUCUGGGACAUGAGCAUUCCACAUUCUUCAGAAGAGCAGGUAAAUCACAGUGCUCGGCAGUGAUUUCAUUUGUUUUCUCCCUGAUGUUCCUUUGUAAAUUAAUUGGGGCAAUGAAAGGAGCCUGUAAUCCUAAUCUCCAAGUUGCUGUUAAAUGUACAUGUGGUUGGCACGUACAUGGAGCCAGCUUCAUUUGAACUUCCCUUAAGGAUGGAUUGAAUGCACAGAAUGCAAAUCUGAUCAAGCUGUUUGGACCUUCUUCUUUCAUAAUAUGAUCACCCUUGUUUUUACAAUUAUUUUAUCACUUGAAACUUGCGCAAAAGUUCAAAAGCAUCUUGACCUUCUAUCAUUGUCGCCCGCACUCCUCCUGUAUAACCUUCAGUUAUUAAUUAAUUAUUGUUCCACACAUAUUGUUGACAUUUUAGUAGUUUAUUAUUCGUCAACUAUUACUUCAUGAGAACUUGCAUGUAGCAGCUUUCACACUGCUAGGUGACCUUUUACAUUUCACAGCUUAGCUAGUGUCUCUUCUAGUUUGGACAUUGUUUUCCACCCCCUAAACCCAGUCCCCUAGACUCCCUUGCAGACUUUCCUAGGGCUUUACCAAUUUGUCCAUGGUGAUAAAGGGAGAGGAAUGUGUGACAAAGCCCUUGGAAUGCCUCUGUAGGAGGCCUAAAUGGGAGAGGGCACUAAACAUAUAAUCUAUACAGAUAUGUGCUACUCAACAGAGUAUGAUUUACCUGUCUGACUCCAGUGCAGGGUGAAAAAUCACCCUUUAUCUCUGGAAUAGUGGUAUACUGUAUUUUACUUUAGUUUGACUCUGAUUCAGGGAUGCUCUUCUCCACAUAAUCCCUGAUUAUUUGCCACCAAGCUUACAUAUAAAACUAUCCUAUACUAUGCCCCCUUUACUGUUUUUAUAUCACUGAGUUUGCCACACACUUAUUAUAUGGAACAACUUGACAACUCCAGGGGCGGAUCUAGAGGGAGGGUGCAGGGGGUGCGCACCCCCUCCCUGAGAUGACCUGCGGUUUUCUAAUACAACUGGUAUUCUGCAAAAAAACAAAAAAAACUAUGUGGUUUAUUAGUGUUAAAGUACAGGAAGAGACGAGUGCACCCCCUCCUAAAAAAAUCCUGGAUCCGUCCCUGAACUCAUCUCUUUAGCCAGAGUCUCAAAGACUCUGUAGUAUACCCCAAUAAGAGGAAGUACCCCCAUAGGCAGGGGGGGUGGGGUGGGGGUGAGCAGGUUACUGGUCCCCAUCAGUUAUCACAUCAUUGUGAAAGGUGUUAAAAUGCGUCCUGUGUUUGUUUCCUUCCAGAGUUAAAAGAACUUGUGGAUUUACACAAGGAAGAUACAGAUGCCAAUGAGGACCCCCUUAGUCAAGAUGAAGUCAUGAUUAUACAGGUAGCAAGCCUAUAGAAAUAACUACAGAACUCAUUAAAUUUGCAUUAAUUUUCAUAAAGUUAUGUGCAUGGAUAACACCGGAUGAGAAGUUAUUUUAGGUAAACUUUGAUGCGAAUAUGCCAUAAGUACACUAAAAUUUGAGUGCAACAGGCAGCGAAUCAUGGCAAAGGUAAUCCAAGGGGAUUGUGAGACUGUAAUGGUAUACAUUUGAGGUAUGUCAAAGGUACCUUAGUUUAGACAACUUUAUCAUCUUUGUUACAAGGCGAAGAUGGACUUACCACCUGCAGCCUACAACCAUACAAAAGGAAAAGUGGCAAAGGCAAUCAAUUUUUCCUGCAGUGUAAUUUCCUUUACUGAACUGUCACACCUUUUUGUGUGACUUUACUACAUGUGUCAAGUGCAAGAGAAAAUUAUAUGAUUCAUCUGUAAUUGAGUGACAGGGUUUAUUCCUACCAACCUUUUUUAAUGCUAUGUGAAUGAUUUAUAAAUUCAAAUCAAUUUUACCACAUCAAGUGCACAUAAUAAAGUCUUGCUUUCCAUCAACCUCAUUCCCAGGGUUCUCUAUUACCCGUCCCUACGGAGCGAGAGAGAGAGAGAGAGGGGGGGAACCUGGAAACGAGGUUGACUUCCGAUUAGACAAUAUGCUUGUUGAAUAUUAUGAGUUUUUGAAAUCUCAUUUAUUUUUUAACGCUUUUCCUCAGCGUGCAAAGAAAGUGGUUUCUGAUAGCCAGGGGCUAGUGGAUUUUGCGGUCGGGCUAGUAAAUUCUGUUCUUAACCCUUUAAGUCCCAAUAGUGACCAACAUCAAUUUUCUCCUAACAAUAUCCAUAGAUUGUCAAGUGCAACAUCUAUGAGAAUUAAUCAAAUGAUCAUAAAGAGAAGAAUCUCUGAUCUUUUAUCAAUUUCUCCCAACUCAUUCUUAAAGGAAAUGUAUAGAGAUCAGUUUGGAGAAUUUGUUUGUGGAUAUUGGUGCUUAAAGGGUUAACUUGCCCAAUGGACAAGUGAUUUUUCGGGGAAAUUUAAAUUACCCAAGAACUGUAAUCAAUCCUGCUCAUCAAAUUUUUUUCGGCUAGUUGAAAUGGCUUUCGGGCUAGUACAUGCUAGCUACAGCUUGCCCGAAUGGCAGGCUGUAAAACUGACUUUCUUUGCUCCCUGUUUCCUUCUAGACCAAGUUAAAGACAGAUUGACUUGCCACUCUAACUUUUAAUUCUGAGAACAAAAUCCUAGGGUGUUUCCAUUCAAAUUAAAUUUCUUUGGCAGAAGUUUUGCAUUAAGAACUAUAUUUAACAUUUCUUUGGAUAAUUUAUACCAAAAAUUUUUUUUUUUUUCAGUUAAUUAUUUUACUUUUGCAGUGAGGGGUUAAAGCAAUGCUCAGGGUUUGAACAGUCUUGAAAAGUCCUUUAAUUUUAAGGGAAGUCCUUGAAAAGUCCUUCUAUUUCUAUGCAAGUCCUUGAAAAGUCCUUGAAUUUUCUUCAACAUGGAAUGUAGUGGCCUGGAAGGUGUUUUUCUAGUGCUUUUUGGUUGUCCAAGACAGAAUACAUAUCAUAGCUAAGAGAGAAGUUAAAGGUGAUUUACAUAAAGCGGUUUUUUUUUUGUUUUAUGCAAGAAUUGCCUAUCAAUUUAAGACAAGUGAACUGAAAAAUGUAGAGAAUUUGGUGGAGCAAAUACGCAGAGAAUGUGCAUUUUCGUACAAUCUGUCACAUUACAUUCCUGGUAGGUGGUCCUUGAAAAUCGAAUGUGGUCCUUGAAAAGUCCUUAAGGCUGGUUUUCCCAAGCGACAGAGUUGGAGCCGGAGUCGUAAGACCUAGUGAAAAUCAAAAAUUGGGUGUUAGAGGAAUCAGAACGUUUCCAUUUUUUUCCAACUCCACUUAGGACCCUGUCGCUUAUGAUCUAGUGAAAACCAGAUUGUGGAAGUCGGAAGCAGGAGCAGAAGGAUAAACCAAUCACAAUGCAUGUUCCCACGCUUGGUGAUUGGUUUAGUUCCUUCGCUUCUGCUUGUGACUCUGACAAGCCAGUUUUCACUUGAUCAUAAACGACUGAGUCGUAAGUGGAAUCAGAAGAAUCAGAAUGCCAUUUUCCCUGGAUCGUAUAGUUCUAUGCUUCUGAUUAUAACUUCGACUUUGUUGCUAGUGAAAACUAGCCUUCAAAAAUGGUCGCACAUUUUUUUGAAUGAACCCUGAUACUUAAACGGUGCCUGUUGACAUGACUGUUUGAUGCCUGUAGGGAGCUCUAGAAAUGAGAAACAAAACCGUUGAAGAUAAGUACACACCCCUGGAAAACGUGUACAUGCUGGAUAUCAACAGGCAACUGGAUCAAGAUACAAUGAAAGAGGUAAACUUAAAUUGCUGCAUUUGUUUACUUUAAAUUUGGGCUUUUAUCAACUAGGAAAAACUUUAAAAUAUAACUUGCCCUUCUCUUAAUGAUCUUCAGCUAGUGCCACUGAUAUGAGGCCAGCCCUUGAAUUUUCCCAUUCAUGAAUAACACAGGACUAUGCAUCCUUUUCUCUUAAGCUUUCUUUGUUGUGCUUAAAAAACGAUAAGGCCUCUUAAAGAAACAGAACAAAAUUAUUUAGUGCUAUUUCCCCUCUAAUCUUUUCGUCAGUCAUCACGAUUAAUUAUUGAAUGUCACAGCACACUGCAUUAUUGUUAGUCUCUGUAGCUUGUGAAUACAGGUGUCUCUCAAGACUCGUCAUCACUGAGAUGUGUUUUGAAUUGUAUCAAGUAGUGGGUAGUGAUGAGUGGCCCAACAAUAUUUGGCAGCUGUAUUCGCAGGCUACACUUUGUACUUAAAAUUAACCCAUCACUGCCAGAGUGCUUGAUGGAGUUUUGAAAGGUGACUGUAACUUUUGCGUUUGUGGAUGAAAUCCUGUGAUGUCACCAUUCAAAUGAAAGCUCCCUGCCUGUAGUUUCACAUGGUACUUUUUGUUUUUCAAAAUGUUAGAAAAUGAAAUUUGGAAAUCUGGUCGAAAUUUGCCUUUAACUACAUUUGGCAGUGAAAGGGUUAAUAGUCUCAGUGGUAGUCAUUCUUUGUGUCAUCACACAAUGCUUCUAGGAGAGGAGUGUUCCAUGGUGACAUGACAAACAGGGGCUUUGUAGGAGCCUUUACGCUGCCCCGAAGGCUAUGUGCCCUUUAUUGGGCUCCAAAGUACCCUUAUUCACAAGGUGGUGCUUAUUUGCAGAUCAGUAGGAAAGGCCAUUCACGCGUGCCAGUGUACAGUGGAGAAAGAGAAAAUAUCGUGGGGGUUCUCUUUGUCAAGUCAUUGGUAAUGUUAGACCCAGACGAUAACACUCCAAUAAGGGACAUUUACAGGGCUGGUUCUUUCCUCACAUCAUCAACAAGCGAACCACUGUUUGAGCUACUGGACAAAUUUCAGACUGGAAAAAGUAAGUUGUUUUGAUGUGCAGUCAACUCUUCAUGAAGAGACAACUCCAUAUAAGGUGGACACCUCCCUAAAACUGACACCUAGAGUUUGUCCCUAAAAUGUUUAGUCAAGUCGCCCAAAAUGCUGAAUUGUUGGGCUCGAAAUUUAUCAUGCUUCGACAAAAUCCUAGCAUCCCUAUUACUACUUUCCGCGCUUGCUUCGUCUCAUGGAAGAUUAUAGAACAGAUAUAUUACUCAUUCAUCGGGCUUGUUUCGUUGGUAAUCCAGGGUUAAAGAUAGAGAUAUUUAUACCGCUUGUUUCAUCUACGGUGGCCCACAACUGUCACGGCAAAACCAAAAACCUCACGGCAAAAACAAAAACCUCACGGCAAAAUCAAAAUACCUCACGAAAAAAACAAAAACCUCACGGCAAAACCAAAUAUUUUCCACGGCAAAAGCAAAUACCCACGGCAAGACCAAAACUAUUUUGCUUUUGCUGUGAAGUAUUUGGUUUUGCCGUGAGGUUUUUGGUUUUGCCUUGAGGUAUUUUGUUUUUGCCGUGAGGUUUUUGGUAUGGUAUGUUGCACAUUCAUUGCGCUUGUUUUGUCUAACAAAAAUUUUUUUUUGUUUAACAAAAAUUAACUUUGUUUUUCUGUGCACUUGACCUGAUAAAAUUCGGGCGACAUGACUCUGUNGGGCCCUUAAUGCUGUGUUCCGCCGAAGUGAUUUUGGGGCGCUUUGGUGUGUUCCCGCCCCUCCCUUUCUUUACUCCUUUCAGUUGACCCUCUAUAAAAAAAACCCUUUCCCAAAAAAGAUACCUAGGGGUGGGCCUUUCCCACCCCUAAGGCCCGGGGGGGAUCUAGGGGGGGGGGGGAGGGGGGGCGUCCCCCCCCCCCCCCCCGAGAUGACCUGCGGUUUUCUAAUACAACUGGUAUUCUGCAAAAAAAAAAAAAACCCUAUGUGGUUUAUUGGUGUUGAAGUAGAGCAAGAGACGAGUGCACCCCCUCCUAAAAAAAAUCCUGAAUCCGCCCCUGAAGUCAUUUUGUUUCACUGUUUAUAUAAAGACGGUGCCUACCUCUCCAAGUCUAGACAACAAAACAGUCCGUAUUUUUGCAUAUUCAAGUCCGCGUGAACAGUCAAACAAAAGCUCUGUCGCGAGGAUGAAAACGGAGAGCGAGACUGGUUUUCUCUAGCCUUGCAAGACUCGCGCGCGUGAGACUCUUACGCUACACUAAACCUAUUUUGAGAAAAGCCGACUGUUUUGCAGUCUGCUCCAAGUCGGACACUUAAAAUAAUGGUCCCAACCUUGUCUGUCUUCGGCUGUGUUUACACUUGGUGCCCCGGCUCGCUGCCUCAGUAGAGUAACCGCUGGGCACUCGUUUGAAUUUCCCGUGUAGUCGCUGGUUCAUAAAUUCACACGCAUGGAUAAAAAAGGAUUAAGAACGAACGGAAUUUUCCCCUUAUAGGUCACCUGUGUGUUGUGAACAAGACUCAGAUAGACGAAGGAAAUCAUAUUUUAACAGUAAGUUACAAGUAUGCAGUUGCGUAAUUAAAACACAAACAGCACCGCUAAACAUAAAAACCCAGCAUGAUUUGAAAAGGACACGACGGUGAUACCACUUGCUGCAAUUUUGUACGUCUGUAUUUUUUAUUUUGUUUUGUUUUCAAGGCAUAAAUCAACUGUUUUUUUCCUUGAGCCUUCGCUUCUACAUUGUUUUUUAUUUUUUUCAAAAAAUCAGUGCCCACUUCUUCUUAACAAAUGGAAACUUAUGUCGACCUGUAAUUUUAAGAUUACAUUAACACCCUUUGUAAGGUGCAAAUCCACUUGUAAACUGGCGUUAACAGAUUAUUUGGACGAAACAGACCAGUCCGUACAACCAAGGAUAUAUACGUCGGACAAGACCAAGCAAUCCGUACAAACAAGGAUAUAUAUACGUUGUCAAGUGUUAAAACGUCGUUACUUCGUGUGAUCGCUCCAACUGAUAUAUCGAGUAACUCCGUACAACAACAACAAAACUCAUCACGUGAUCUAAAAGGGCAGGAAACAAGAAAAACAGGGAACCCAGCCGCAAUCACAAUCACGAGCAUUUAUCUUUUAAUGUUUCUGCAGGUAUAUGGUAUAUUUAUAAACAUUUAAUCUGUCUCGAGGUAAACUGAGGGGACCAUAUAAUGCCGUAACAACUUUUGUGGCUCAAAGCUAUGCACACAAAUAAACACUUGUGACAUAUUUUGUUCUUGAAACUCACCGAUUCUGAUAUUUUUCAGUAACAAACAAACGUAUUCUGAUGCUCAUCAUGCUAGAGUCAUUUUAAAUGUUUGUAAGGUCCUCAAGCGAAGUGUGUUGAAGAAUUGUAGUCGCCAAUUUGGAGACUGAUUUUCAGGGGGUUGUUCACUGUCGUCAAAAAUUUUCGCGAGAUUUUUGUACCCUUCUGGUUUCUGAAUAUUUGUUUUUGUUGUUAUCGUUGUUUACUAGCGAGUUGUUGGUAUCAUAACUCUAGAGGAUGUGAUAGAAUUGUUGAUUCAAGAAGAAAUUUGGGAUGAGGCAGAUAUCCUUAGACAUCGCUACGACUUGAAGAAGCAAAUAUCUUUUGCUAGAGCAAAAUUUAAACGAAUGAAAUCAGUCGACACUGGUGAUGGAGGCGGACGUGGUCCACUGAGUCCGGUCAUGCAUUCAGAGGUAAAGUUCUAAUUAUUUCGGACCGCUAGUACACCCACCUUCUCCCCCUCCACCCUCGAGAAAAAGACCUGGGAGCCCAAACCGAUAGUCGAAUUGCACGCAUUUUAAGCAUCAUACGCUUCUCCUAGCAUGCGGAGAACUUUUAGUGACAACAUAGAACCGCGUUACGUAGAAAUUGUAUACAAUGAAUGUUCCGGUAAUAAGUGUAUGUAUUAGCCUGCGAGCAAGGUCCCCUAUUUGGGCAAGCGAAGCGAGCCUCGCGAGAACGCGCAAGGAGGGGCCGAAAGGCCUCUUCCCCUCGCGCGUUCUCGCGAGACUCGUUUCACUCGCCCAAAUGGGAGAGCCUGCUCGCAGGCUAUGUAUGUACCUGAACUUGUUACCGCAACUGAGAGCCUCUGUGGUCGGGCCCUCUCAAGCGAUCACCUCUCCGAAAGCAACUGCUAAUUCUUGGCAUUUUGAGUGGUCGCUUACAGAUGGUCCGGCUUAACAAAUAAUAAUAAUUUAUUAUUUAGAAGGUGCAAAAUAGCAUUUAAAUAUAUGAUGUAAUGCGCACAACCUGCGAUCAGGCGUUCUUAAACUGAUCGCAGGUUAGGUCCGGCUGUAUUUCACCCUGUCUAAACGGUAGAUAUUCUGGGGGGGGAGGGGGGACUAUGGGGUCGUAUGUUGGGAAAAGUGUGUUAUCGUAACCUUGCUGAUCUUUCUCAACAGGAGGUACCUGCAAGACUACACGAGUCAAUAAAUGACACUCAGCCACUGCUGUCUCAAUCUUCAUAGAGGUUUUAAAUGUAUCCGCCCUUGUGCUCUGAGACAAAGUGCACCUGCUUGAUUGCUUAUGACUUUGUCUCAGUGGGUUACAGUGAAUCUGGUACCCGAACAACUGGAGUGAUUAAUACACUGUACACUCUCUUAAAGGAGUGUUGCCUGACCAUUCUCACUUUCUAUCAUUAUCCUCAGUUACAGUAGAACCCCGAUAACUCGAA